AUGGGCAAGUUAGACGUAGCUAUAUUGCGGUAUUUGACCAGCGAGGAUUUUAGAGUCCUAACUGCGGUGGAAAUGGGUAUGAAGAACCAUGAGCUGGUCCCUGGUUCCCUUGUGGCCUCGAUAGCUAAUCUCCGUCACGGUGGUGUCCACAAAUUGAUGAAAGAAUUGUGUAAACACAGGCUAUUGACGUAUGAACGUGGAAAGCAAUAUGAUGGUUACCGUCUUACAAAUUCUGGUUAUGACUACUUGGCUCUCAAGGCCCUGACCAAUAGAAAGGUAAUUGCUUCAUUUGGCAAUCAGAUAGGAGUUGGUAAAGAGUCCAAUAUUUAUACAGUGGCUGAUGAAGACAGAACACCAUUGUGCUUGAAGCUGCACAGAUUGGGCCGUACAUGUUUCCGGAACAUCAAAGGCAAACGUGACUACCAUGCACAUCGAAACCGUGCCUCUUGGCUUUAUCUGUCACGUAUAUCUGCCACCAAAGAGUUCGCCUACAUGAAGGCGCUCUAUGAGCGAGACUUCCCUGUACCCAAACCGAUUGAUUUCAAUAGACACUGUGUUGUAAUGCAGUUGGUGCAUGGGGGACCCUUAACCCACGUUACAUCUGUAGCUGACCCGGACGCUUUAUACGACGAACUAAUGAACCUUAUUGUACGCCUCGGUAACUGCGGUGUGAUCCAUGGUGAUUUCAACGAGUUCAACAUAAUGAUAGAUGAAGACAAUCAUCCUAUUAUCAUUGAUUUCCCGCAAAUGGUGUCCACCUCACAUACUAAUGCUGAACUUUACUUCGACCGUGAUGUGCGUUGUGUCCGAGAAUUCUUCAAGAAGCGCUUCGGCUACGAGUCUGACCUCUACCCAAAGUUUAGUGAUCUGGAGCGGGAGGACGAACUUGACACGGAAGUCGCCUGUUCUGGAUAUAAUCGUACUAAGGACUUGGAUAAUGAUCUUCUAGAGGAAAUGGGCAUUGGUCUUCAAGUUAGUGACGAAGAAAGUGAUUCUGAUGAUGAAGAAAACGUAGAAGAUAAUAAAACAAAAUAUUCAGAACAAGAUUUAGAAGAGCUUAGAAAAGAAGUAGAUGCAUCCAUACAAAGCGACACAAGAACCACAGUACCAGAAAUUGCAGCAAAAACUUUUAAGUUGACCAUAAAAGAUAAAGAAGACUUUGAGGGUACCAACAAAGAAAACGAAGAAGAUGAAAAUGUAACUACACUAGUUAAGCCAGAACAAGAAGAGAAGGAAGAUAAUAUUGAAGAACUAGAUAAAAAUUCACAGAAGUAUCGAUUAGCCAUGAUUGAGAAAGCGUUGUCAGAUGUGCGGUCAAUGAGAACUUAUACUUCUGCUAGUACAAUAGCCCCAGAAGUUAUAAAACAGCAAGUAAAGAAAAAUCUAGAGAUAAAACAGAAGAAAAUGCAGAGGAAGAGGGAGAUAGCGAAAGGAGAAGCCAGUGCUGUGACCCGGCAAAGAAGAGACAAUAGAGAGACGAUACGAGAAAGUAACGGUUUGUGGGGAUGGGAUGAAUAA